GUAGAAAAUAUCCACACGGUGUGCUUCGAAACCCUAACCAAAGAGGAACUUCGGAUCUUCGCCCACUCGCCCCGACACAUCGCGUGAGGAACAAACACGAUCUUCCCAAUUUCUCGCUCUCUCUCGUAGAUCGAACCUCAACUCGCGGUCACCGGCGCGUGGCUCUCAAUCGCCGCGGUGUUCGCCGUCGUCUUUGCUCCUCACGGUGGGGAAAGAAAGUGUUGCAGGAAGUGUGCUUGCUUAUGGUAGAAGAAAACUCAGCGCCAUGGAUAUGAAUCUUCGGCUACCUUCAGGUGACCAGAGCAAGGAAGAUGGUGAGGAGAGAGGUAUUGAUGAUGUGUUGGAGGAUGAACACAAAUUGCACAAUGGAGAUAUUGAAAUUGGCAAAAUUGAGCAUGUGACAGUUGAGGUACAAGCUGAUGAUAGUGCAGGAAUGAGUGUCCCAAUGGCAGAGUUGGCUGAGUGCAGAGAGGGCAUGAAUCUCGAACCUCUCAACGGUAUGGAAUUCGAGUCUCAUGGCGAAGCAUAUUCGUUCUAUCAGGAAUAUGCACGGGCAACGGGUUUCAACACUGCAAUACAGAACAGUCGUCGCUCAAAAACAACAAGAGAGUUUAUUGAUGCGAAAUUCGCGUGCUCUAGGUACGGUACCAAACGAGAAUAUGACAAGUCCUUCAACAAACCUCGUGCUAGGCAAAACAAGCAAGACCCGGAAAAUAUGGGUGGUCGACGGGCAUGCGGGAAAACAGAUUGCAAAGCAAGCAUGCAUGUGAAGAGAAGGCCGGAUGGGAAGUGGAUUAUUCAUAGUUUUGUGAGGGAGCAUAAUCACGAGCUUUUACCUGCACAGGCUGUGAGUGAACAGACUAGAAGGAUAUAUGCGGCAAUGGCUAGACAGUUUGCUGAAUACAAGACUGUUAUUAGUCUCAAAAACAAUACUAAAAGCUCGUUUGAGAAAGGCCGGAACUUGGCAGUGGAAACUGAGGAUAUCAAGAUCCUGCUUGAUCUCUUAACAAGGAUGCAAAGUAUGAAUUCCAACUUCUUUUAUGCUGUUGAUCUUGGUGACGAUCAGAGACUGAAGAAUGUAUUUUGGGUGGAUGCAAAAAGCAGACAUGAUUAUGGUAGUUUUUGUGAUGUUGUUUCUCUAGACACCACUUAUCUAAAAAACAAGUACAGGAUGCCACUUGCCAUUUUUGUUGGAGUAAAUCAACAUUACCAGUACAUGUUACUCGGGUGUGCUGUUAUUUCUGAUGAGAGUGAGGCAACAUUUUCCUGGAUAAUGCAGACUUGGCUCAAAGCAAUGGGUGGGCAAGCUCCAAAGGUUAUAAUCACCGAGCAGGACAGCGUUAUGAACUCUGUUGUUCCAGAGAUCUUCCCCAAUUCUCAUCAUUGCAUCUUCCUUUGGCAUGUACUAGUAAAGGUCUCUGAGAAUCUCGGUCACGUUAUCAAGCAACAUGAUAAUUUUACACCAAAGUUUGAAAAGUGCAUCUAUAAAUCCUGGAGAGAUGAAGACUUUUCAAGAAGAUGGUGGAAGAUCCUUGACAGGUUUGGUCUCAAAGAGGAUCAAUGGAUGCAGUUACUAUACGAAGACAGAAGGAAAUGGGUGCCAGCCUACAUGACUGAUGUUCUUUUGGCAGGGAUGUCGACUUCUCAAAGAGCUGAUAGUAUUAACGCCUUCUUCGACAAGUACAUGCAUAAAAAGACAAGCAUGCAAGAAUUUGUGAAACUGUAUGAUUCGAUUCUGCAAGAUAGGUAUGAAGAGGAAGCCAAAGCUGAUUCGGAUACCUGGAACAAGCAGCCGACUAUGAAGUCUCCAUCACCAUUUGAGAAAAGUGUUUCUGAACUCUAUACUCCUGCAGUAUUCAAAAGAUUCCAGGUUGAAGUUUUGGGUGCCAUUGCAUGUAGUCCCAGAGAGGAGAGCCGGGAUGGAACUUGCUUCAAUUUUAGGGUUCAGGAUUUCGAAAAGAACCAGGACUUCGUGGUUACAUGGAACCAGACAAAAUCUGAAGUUUCCUGCCUCUGUCGGUUAUUUGAGUACAAAGGUUAUCUCUGUAGACAUGCCCUUAACGUUCUCCAGUGUUGCCACCUCUCUUCCAUCCCGUCUCAGUAUAUACUGAAACGGUGGACAAAAGAUGCAAAAACCCGACAUUUUGCUGGACAACCCGAACACUUACAAUUACAGACGAGGCUGCAACGAUAUAACCAUCUGUGCCGAGGAGCAUUGAAACUGAGCGAGGAGGCAUCCUCUUCUCAGGAGAGUUACAACAUUGCAUUCCGUGCCAUUGAAGAAGCUUUGGAAACUUGUGCUGGUGUUAAUACCACCAGCAAAAGCCCUCAGGAUAUGGUCAUGUCCCCAACUCAAGGUCUGAUCUCGGUCGAGGAGGAUAACCAGAGCAGAAACACGGGAAAGUCAAGCAAGAAAAAGAACCCGACAAAGAAAAGAAAAGUCAAUUCAGAGCAGGAGGUUAUACCAGUUGGAGCGCCUGAAAGCAUGCAACAGAUGGAUAAGUUAAGUCCGAGAACAGUCGGGAUCGAGAAUUAUUACGGUGCACAGCCCAGUAUGCACGGAAUGGUCCAGCUGAACUUAAUGGCGCCAACUCGGGAGAAUUUCUACGGGAAUCAACAAACGAUUCAAGGAUUAGGGCAGUUAAACUCGAUAGCCCCUAACCAUGGCAGUUACUACGGUGCUCAGCAAGGAAUACCUGAGAUGGGAGGCUUGGAUUUCUUCGGUCGGCCUAAUGCUUUUACUUACGACAUUCGGGAUGACCCGAGUGUCAGGACUGCCCAGCUGCACGAGGAUGCGUCCAGACACCCGUGAAACCAAACGCGAAGCGGAAGAGAAGAUCGCAAUGAACAGAGUGUAGAAAAGUUUCUUCAUGUUUUUUUCAGAUUCAGCAGAAGCCUGAAAGAGGAGGUUUAGAAUCAUUUCCUUAUUUAGAAUCAUUUUGAGAUUGGGAGUAAUAUGAAUAGGAUAUUUGUUUAGUUUUUUUUUAAAAAAAAAACCCUAGAAAAUGGUCACUUGUAAAGAUUGUUUGUGUCUGUAGUAGUUCUUCAUGUUCACAUGCAGAUCCCAACCUGUUUGGAUUUUGCUGAUAAGAGAGAGAGUAGGAGGGAAGAAGACUGUCGCAGAGGAUGUUCUACUUGUAAUAUCUUUUUGUCUUUUUAAUAUUUACUGUUAUUUAAUUAUACACAUUAAUAUUUCUUGUA